AUGACAGAUUGGUUAACUGCUCAAAAUAUAAAUUUUGUUCCCGAACGCGACAACCCUCCAAAUGUGCCUCAGGCGAGGCUUAUAGAAGAGUUUUGGGCUAUUUUGAGUCAAAUGGUGUAUUAUAAUGGCUGGAAAGCCCAAAAUGAGGAUCGGCUAAGGCGAAGAAUUUUGCAAAAAUUUCGUGAGAUCGACUUAGAACCAGUCCAAAGGCUUAUUGCAGAUGCAAGACCAAAUUUAUUUAAUGAAAUAUUAAAUGAAGAUGCGCAUAUAUACCAAACAUUUCAGUGUUCACUUAGAACUUGCACCAAGAAAAGCCCCACUCCAAAGUCCUUAAAUUUUUUUAAGGGUGUUGACUUUGAGAGUUUACCGCCAGUACAAGCAUUGUGGUACUUUUAUCCACCUUUCGUUAUUAACCCAGAAGAAGGUAUCCACAUCGAGAUAAUAAAUAUGAUUGUUACAAACAUAAAAUUAAAAAUAAAUUUGUUAUUUUCUACUGCAUACAAAAGUAAAAUGGUAGAUAUAAUGACAAAUGACAAGUCUACUCAGCUGAUAACUUCUAGGAAAGAUGCUUUAAAGCAUUCAUUUAAAUUUGGUGCACCUAGUCAAUUUUCUCUGCAACUAAUGAAACAUUCGUACGACCCUUUAGAUGUUGCUCUUGUCCAAACGGGUUUGGUAAUCGACUGUGGGAGUGCUAAGGAAUGUCUCGAUCGUAUUGCCUUUCAAAAGGAUAUAAUGACAAUAAAAUUAUUGAUGCCUUUGCAAUCGCUAAUACCUAAGAUGUAUCUGGAUUCUAAUGGACGAUCUUUGUUUUACAUCACCGACACGGAUAAACACCAUUAUCAAUUUAGUAUCUACUUUCAGAAAGGACAUCAUUUAUAUGAUAUAUUUAAUACUAAACUUAUGGGUCUAAAAGACAGUGGAAUUGUGGAUUUUCUGUACAAAAAAUACAAGCGAAACUAUACCAAAGCUAUGACUCUUGCUAAUUUGUUAUUUUCUACUGCAUACAAAAGUAAAAUGGUAGAUAUAAUGACAAAUGACAAGUCUACUCAGCUGAUAACUUCUAGGAAAGAUGCUUUAAAGCAUUCGUUUAAAUUUGGUGUACCUGGACAAUUUCCUCUACAACUAAUGAAACAUUCAUACGAUCCUCUGGAUGUUGCUCUAGUAAAGAAGAAUUUGGUAAUCGACUGUGGGAGUGCUAAGGAAUGUCUCGAUCGUAUUGCCUUUCAAAAGGAUAUAAUGACAAUGCAUUUAUUGAUGCCUUUGCAAUCGCUAAUACCUAAGAUUUUGCUAUUUUCUACUGCAUACAAGAGUAAAAUGGUAGAUAUAAUGACAAAUGACAAGUCUACUCAGCUGAUAACUUCUAAGGAAGAUGCUAUAAAGCAUUCAUUUAAGUUUGGUGUGCCUGGCCAAUUUGCUAUUCAACUAAUGAAACGGUCACACGAUCCUUUAGAUAUUGCUCUAUUCCAAAAGGGUCUGAUAAUCGACUGUGGAAGUUUAGUCGAAUGUCUCGAUCGGGUUGCGUUUCAAAAAGAUAUGAUGACAAUGAGAUUAUUGAUGCCUAUGCAAUCGCUAUUACCUAGGAUGUAUCUAGAUUCUAAUGGACGAUCUUUGUUCUACGUCACCGACACGGUUAAUAUCCGUUUUCAUUUUAGUAUCUACUUUCAGAAAGGACAUCAUUUAUAUGAUAUAUUUAAUACUAAACUUAUGGGUCUAAAAGAUAGUGGAAUUGUGGAUUUUCUGUACAAAAAAUACAAACGAAACUAUACCAAAGCUAUGACUCUCGCUAAGAUAGAAAAGGUAAGUGUUCAGUUAAUCUUAGCAAAAAUGUUUGUCUGUGAUUGUGCUAAUUUGUAUUCAAAUUGGACAAAUAUUUCCAGUUUAGAAAAAUGUGUCAGUUAUAUUCUAAAAUCUACUGUAGAUCACAAAGACAUUGUUUAUUUGGUAAAUACUGAUUUAAAAAUUUCACAUCCUGCUAUAUACAUUAAUACAGAAUACGAGGUAAAUCUGAUACUUCAACAAGAACCUACUGUAUACAUUUUGACAGGAAACAUUGAUGGGGUAAUUACUCAAUUGUUUAAUAAUAGCUUACUAAAUCCUAGAGCUAAGUUUAUACUAGUUCAAAGCACUAUUAAUAAUAAAACAGAUAUAUUUAACCAUUAUUUUCUUCGUCAAGUUCUCAUUAUAGAAUAUAAGAUGGAAGAACGUGAUUAUCAAUUGUUUAAAUGUACCGCCGAAUCGUGCUAUGUAACAGAAGAUUCCUGUUACAAAACGUACAUCAAUGGUACUAUAUUUGACAUCAGUCAACAAGGCGUAUGGGAUAAACUGGAUGUGGUGUGGACACUUCAUGCUCCUUAUAUUAUAACUCCAACAACCGGUGUCCACAUGAAAAUUAUAAACCUAAUUGCUACACAUAUGAACUUAAAACUGAAUUAUAUUCAUACGCCUUAUCCCGUCGUUCCUUUGGCGAUAGAUCCAUUAUUUAGAAGAAACGAGUACGACAUGUGUUCUAUACAAUUUACUAAUUUAACAAAACAGUUUGAUAAAACUAUUGACGUCACAGAAGAUAUGACAGUGUAUAUUAUACCGAGGAUUAUUGUUACCAAAGAAUUGAAGAUGUUUUAUUUGGAAUUCGAAACCUUGAUAUGGUACCACUUCUUGAUAUUAAUUUUAAUUUUGUUUGUAUUAUUCAAAAUAAUUAAUGCGUUAAUUCCUAAAACUGAUGUAAUAUCUGCAUUUGACGUUAUUCUAGGAGUUCUGCUUGAAGGAGUAACAAGUAUGAAUGCGAGAAUUUUUUCACUGAAGAUAUUGCUGAUAAACUAUAUUUUAUUUUGUCUAUUAUUUUCUACUGCAUACAAAAGCAAGAUGUUCGAUGUAAUGAAAACGGAUCUAUCAUCUCAACUGAUCUCUACAACAGAAGACUUACUGAAGUAUGAAUUUAAGGUAGCUUUACCGACUGAGUAUGUAAAAUUGUUUAAAAUGUCCCAAGACCCUUUUGAUACUAUAAUUGUGGCCAAUAAUCGGAUUGUAAACUGUUUAAACUUCACUAUAUGCCUCAACAGAGUAGCAUUUCAAAAGGACGUUGUCACUACCCGUUUGCUGCGUCCCACACAAGCCCUUAUUCCUCAGUAUUAUUUGGAUUCAGAAGGCAGGUCCCUUCUUUACAUUAUUAAGAGGCCUUUCAGCGUUCCCUAUUAUUUUAGCCUGCUUUUUCGAAAAGGGCAUCCCUUGUUUGAAGAGUUUAAUAAAAAUAUCUUUUUACUUAAACAAGCUGGGUUUGUUGACUAUUUGAUCCAAAAUCAGCAACGGUCUUAUGAAAAAGCUAUAGCACUUGCCAAUAUAAAAAGCUCAUUUAGAUAUUCUGCUUUGAAUUUAAAAAUUUUGCAAUCUACUUUUUUCGUGUAUUUUUUAGGAAAUGUAACUAAAAUUUUGCCUUUACUAAACGAAUUGUCCGUCCUCAAUAGUAGGGGAUUAUUUAUUAUUAUAUGUACCGCAAUUAAUCACGACGAAAAGUAUAUUUUAGACAAAUAUUUUAUACAAAAAGUUUAUAUUAUCGUUAAAAAUGAAGAUGCAAAUAUGUAUGAAGUGUUUCAGUGUUCAUUUAGACGUUGCCUUAAUAAAAACAUCAUUCGAUCCUGCUUAGGGUUUUUAAAGAAUAUUAAGUUUCAGAAUUUACCGGCAGUGCAAGCUUUGUGGUCCUUUUAUCCACCUUUCGUUAUUAACUCAGAGGAGGGAAUUCACAUUGAGCUCAUCAAUAUAAUUGCUUCAACCGUAAAAUUAAAAAUAAACUACACAAUCUCCCUUCAUGUAGCCAAUCCUUUUGAAAUUGAUCCAGAAUUUUGUAAAGGAUCUUACGAUAUAUUUAUUAACGCUAUCGUUUUUCCUUCUCCGUUAUUUGAUAAUACCUAUACUUUUACAGAAGAUGUAACCGUUAUGGUAUUCCCGGUUAUUAAUGUUAAUAAUAAUUGGAAACUGUUUUAUGGAGAGUUCCAUUUAUGUGUAUGGGGAUGCUUUUUGGGAUUGAUUCUUUUACUCUGUGUAAUUUUUAAAAUGUUUUCUGCAUUUACCAAUAAAAUAUCAAUACUUAAUAUUAUAGUAGGAGGUCUUCUAGGAGUUACUCAAAUUAGUACCAGAAAAGUGUCGAUGAGAAUUCUAAUAUUAAAUUACUCAAUUUUUGGUCUGUUAUUUACUACUGUAUACAAAAGUAAAAUGGUAGAUAUAAUGAGAAGCGAUCAGUCUACCCAGCUCCUAACUUCAAAGAAGGAUGCUUUAAAGUAUUUAUUUAAAUUUGGUGCACCCGGCCAAUCUUCUAUAGAUCUAAUGAAAUAUUCACAAAAUCCUGUUGAUGUCGCUCUACUACAAAAAGAUUUAAUAAUCAACUGUGUUACUUCAGUUGAAUGUGUCAAUCGUACUGCCUUUCAAAAGGAUAUUAUGUCAAUGAAAUUAUUAAAGCCGUUGCAGUCACUAUUACCCACGCUGUAUCUGGAUUCUAAUGGAAGAUCCUUAUUAUACGUAUCCAAUAUGUUUGAAUAUCAUUUUUAUUUUAGUAUUUAUUUUAAGAAAAGUCAUUAUUUAUUUAAUAUAUUUAAUACUAGACUCAUGAAUCUUAAAGAUAAUGGAGUUGUGGAUUAUUUGUACAAAAAAUAUAAGCGCAACUAUACCAAAGCUAUGACUCUCGCUAAGUUAAAAAACGUUAAAGGAUAUUCAAAUUUAACCUUAAAGACAUUUCAAACUACGUUUUAUGCUUAUAUUAUUUUUGUAAUUUUUAGCCUUUUCGUUUUUACUGUAGAAAUAUUUCUUGGGUAUAAAAGCACUAAAAAGCUCAUCUGUAUACAUGCAUUUUUAUAG